AUGCCCGCCGUCAGGAGCUCCUGUUCGCCGUUGCCGAGCCCAGGAGGUGGCGCCGCGCAAGUCCCGGGACAGCGACCACCGGAAGGAAGCGGAGCCGAGGCCGAGUGCAGGCGCGGACUACAACUCCCAGCGGGCCCCGCGCCGCGCAUGCGCGCUGUUCGCCCGGACGGCGCGAUGGCGGCUGCAGAGGCCCCUGAGGUCCUGCAGCAGUGCGGCUGCAAGGGCAUCCGGACCUGUCUGAUCUGCGAGGGGCAGCGCUGCGGUGACCCGCCUUGGCAGCUGUCCCCGCAGAAAACACACCAUUUCCUUUACUGCUCGGACUCUGGCUGGGCCGUGGGGGCUGAGGACUCUGACUUUGAGGGCUGGGCCUUCCCAUUUCCAGGGGUGACCCUGAUCGAGGACUUCGUGACCAGGGAGGAAGAAGCCGAGAUGGUGCGUCUGAUGGAUCGUGACCCCUGGAAGCUUUCUCAGUCGGGGCGGAGGAAGCAGGACUAUGGCCCCAGAGUCAACUUUCGGAAACAGAAGCUGAAGAUGGCGGGCUUCUGCGGCCUCCCGAGCUUCAGCCGUGAGGUGGUGCAGAGGAUGGGGCUGUACCCCGGGCUGGAGGGCUUCCAGCCCGUCGAGCAGUGCAACCUGGACUACUGCCCCGAGCGGGGCUCCGCCAUCGACCCCCACCUGGACGACGCCUGGCUGUGGGGGGAACGGCUGGUGAGCCUCAACCUCCUGUCCCCCACCGUGGUGUCCAUGCACCGGGAGGCGCCUGGCAGCCUGCUACUCUGCGCAGCCCCCUCUGCCGAGGCCCUCGGGGACAGCGUGAUCGCCCCCAGCAGGUCCGUCCCAUGCCAGGAGGUGGAGGUGGCCAUCCCCGUGCCCUGCCGGUCCCUGCUGGUGCUCGCUGGGGCCGCACGCCACCAGUGGACACAUGCCAUCCACCGCAGGCACAUUGAGGCCCGCCGCGUCUGCGCCACCUUCAGGGAGCUGUCAGCCGAGUUCAGCCCUGGGGGCGCGCAGCAGGACCUGGGCCGAGAGCUCCUGCAAAUGGCACUCUCCUUCCAAGGCAGGCCUGUGUGAGCUGCAUCCCGGGACAGGAGCCCGAGCAGGGCCUGGCCAGAGUCCAGCCCCAGCACUGACCACGGCCCGGGACUGAAGUGGGAGCCUGUGUCGGGGCUCCUUUUCUGUGUGUGUGGUGCUGGGGACUGAAACCAGGGGUGGUUUACCACUGAGCUACGGCCAGGCCCUUUUUUUUUUAUUUUGAGACACAGUCUUGCUAAGUUGCCAGGGCUGGCCUUGAACUUGGCAGUCUGCCUCAGCCUCCAAGUAGCUGAGAUUAUUGCUGUGCACUACUGCACCCAACUCCCUUCACUAAGGUUUUUUUUGAACUGGAGAUGGAACCAGGGGCACUUAACCACUGAGCCACAUCCCCAGGCCUCCAUAUUUAUAUUUAUUUUGAGACAGGGCCUCAUUAAGUUGAUGAGGCUGGCUUUGAACUUGGAAUCCUCCUGCCUCAGCCUCCUGAGUCACUGGGAUUACAGGUGUGCACCUCCAUGCCUGGCCCUCAUUAGGUUUUGAGAGAAGCCAUCUGACCUGAUCCUGUUGUCAUGGGCAGCAUGUGCCUUAGGUCCUGCCCAGCUGCUAGUUGUUUUCUUUGUAGCACUGGGGAUGGAACCCAGGGCCUGGCACGUGCUAGGCAAGCACUCUACCAUUGAGCCACAGCCUUUUUUAAUAUUGAGAUAACCUCUAAGUUACCCAGUUCCUCCUACCUCAGCCUCUAGCAUAUGGGGAGCUGCUUUUGAUGGGACAGAGCCUGAGGUCUCUCCUUGUGCCUGCACUGUGGCGACCGUUUGGGUUGACUUGUCAACAGUUUGGUGUAAAAUGUUUUCUUAUCUGUUCCUCUGAAUGAAUUUUCCAGACACCCUGC